AUGGCUUCCGCGGUCAGGACCGUCGAUCUCCUUGAAUAUCUCGCUCCCUUUGAGGUCCUAGAAAAACCCCGCUUUGUUUCCAUCCUCACAUUUGCAGAUGAAGUUGAAAUGUUCUGGGUAAUGCUUGUAUCAGUUGCCUUUGACAUAGCUUUGAGAUCGUCGUCUUCUAGAAUAAGACAAACAUACAUGGUCCAUCGGCAAAAUUCUCUUUCUCAUAGUGAGUUAUUGGCAUGUUGA